UCUUCCUCUUCUGCUUCCUCUUUCUCUUCCUCGUCAACAAGGAAUAUCAAAUACAAGUUGGAGAUUGACAAUAAGAGGAUCUUAUCUAUCUUGCAAUCCUCUUCUCUUCUCUUCUCUUUCUCUUUCUCUUCCUCUCCCACUAUCUACCAAAACAAACAUAAUCCUCCCAUAUUCCCUAUCACCCCGCAUACCAACCUCUUUACUUUUCUUUCAUCAGUCACCAAUCAAAGUGCAACGAGAUCCAACUUCAAGGUUGACUCAACAAUCACCAUCACCGAAAGAGAGACACAGAGAGCUUAUUCUCUAAUCUCACUCCGUAAUUCCGGCUCUUCCGUCAGCAGCUAGCUUUGACACAAUACCCAUCUAAUAAGUGCCGACGGUGUAUGGUUAAAUACUUCCAGACACAUCUCUCGACUUUCAUAUUCACCUAAUUAGUUUCCAUUCAAAUUUCUACAAAUUUCUACAGAAGAAAGAAGACACACAAACACACAUUCUCAUCAUGUCGGCCCUCAAGAAGCGCCUCAGUAAAUUGAUACCAGAUCGCAUCGGCAAGAGUAAUAACAAUAGCAACAAUUCGAGCAACGAAAAUGUUCCACAGCUUGCAGAUGGGAUUGAAGGUUCCUCUGGAUCCAAUGGACCAUUAGCAAGCACCUCUCAAAACAAUGGUGCUCAAACGCCAGAACGAUCUAACUCCCGACGAGUGAGUCGCGAGAUUCUUGAGCAAAAUAAGGCGAGAAGAAGCAUGGAUAAGGAACGUGUAAAGGCUGAGAACAAGAAGAAGCAAUCUUUGGCAAGAAUAGAAGAUGAGAAGUUCUUAAAAGAAGGACCGGCAGCCCUUACGCAACUCUAUCGACCAUACAGUAUGAUUCAAAGUAAACAUUGGAGACAUGAGGAGAGAGCUUUAUUCAAGAACAUCAAUUGGGCUGAAAUGGAUGGACAAAUCAUUAGUUUCAGAGCUCGAAUGCAUACUUUGCGGAGAAUGUCUGCCAAACUGGUAUUUAUCGUUUUCCGUCAACAGACUAUGACAAUUCAGGGAGUUUUGCAAAGCUUCAAACCUGAAGAAGAACAAAAUGAACAUGGUACAAUUUCCGAACAGAUGGUUAGAACUGUCGAACAUUACCCCGCCGAAACGAUCGUCGUUGUUCAUGCCAAAAUCCGAAAAUCCCUCCAAACUGUUAAGAAUGCCACAGUUCAUGAUUACGAAUUGCAAGUUUACGAAAUCCACAGAGUGGUUCCAUUGACCGAAAAUGUACCAUUCACAGUCUACGAUGCAGAGAAUAUCAACAGAGAAAAGGAAGUUGACAUGGAUGAUGAUUCCGGUGAUGAUUCGGUUGCAGCUAGUCAGCCAAUGUCACCAAUUUCAACAGAUACACCAAGAGGUCCUCCUUCUCGUGCUUCUACCGAUCUUGCACGCAAUGCUUUUGCAAAAUUGGAUGAUAAGAAUUUGGAGAGUAGAACUUCCAUGGAUACAGGUCAUCACCAAAAACGAUCCCUCCCACAAAGAGUGAGAUUGAACAACAGAAUUAUCGAUUUACGAACAACUCCAGCUCAGGCAAUCUUCCGUAUCCAAUCGGGUAUUUGCAACCUUUUCCGAUCAUAUCUCGACACCCAAGGCUUCAUUGAAAUCCAUACACCAAAAUUACAAGGAGGUGCUACUGAAUCUGGUGCAACCGUUUUCGAACUCAACUACUUUGGAAGACCUGCUUUCUUGGCCCAAUCCCCACAAUUGGCCAAGCAAAUGUGUAUCGCAGCUGAUUUCGAGAGAGUUUAUGAAAUUGGUGCAGUUUUCCGUGCAGAAGACAGUAAUACACCACGUCAUUUGACCGAGUAUACUGGAUUGGAUCUCGAGAUGGCUUUAGAAGAGCAUUAUCAUGAGGCUUUGACUCUUAUUGAUGGUAUGUUCAAGAACCUCUGGAAAGGAAUUUACGACCGAUAUCAAAAAGAGAUUGAUCUCAUUGACCAAUUUUAUCCACAUACCAAGGUCGAAUGGCUGGAUGAGACUCCCAGAAUCCCAUUUUCUGUCGGUGUCAAGAUGUUGGUAGAUUCGGGUUGGGUUGAAGAAGAUGGAAGUAUACCAUCCGAAACCGAGGAUCUCUCUACUCGAGCCGAAAUUCGUUUGGGUGCGUUGGUCAAGGAAAAGUAUCAUACUGAUUACUAUAUCCUCGAUAAAUUCCCUGCUUCUGUUCGACCAUUUUACACCAUGCCUGAUCCAGAAGAUGAUCGAUUUACUAACUCAUUCGAUAUUUUCAUGCGUGGUCAAGAAAUCUUGACUGGUGGUCAACGUAUUCAUGAUGCUGAAUUUUUGGAAAAACGUAUGAAGCAAAAGGGUGUCAAGCCAGAAAGCAUGUCUGAAUAUCUUGAAGGUUUCAGAUGGGGAGCACCACCUCACGCAGGUUGUGGUAUUGGUCUUGAGCGUCUUACGUACCUUUUCCUUAGUCUUGGCAAUAUUCGACUUGCAUCUCUAUUUCCAAGAGAUCCCAAAUCACUUCCAGCUGUACCUCCUACUCUGGUCCUUCGUCACGAGGAUGCAUCAACACUCCAUCCAAUAUGGGAGCAAGAAGGAAAGGAAUUUACACCCGAAUUACUCCCAUCUUUGGAGAAGUUAAUCGCCAAUUAUGGUGAUGCAGCCAACACCUCUUGGUUGGACAAGCGCUAUCACGUAUGGAGACAUUCGACCACUGGUGCUGCACAAGGUUAUGUCAUCCAUAACUCGUAUGCCAUUAUUGUUGGAGAGCCUCUUUGCGAUAAAUCUCAAACACCAGCCAUCGUUUCUGCCUUCCUCAAUUACUUGAAUACCGAACAUAAGAAUCUGAAGCCAAUUUGGAUGAUUAUCGGUUCUCGUACCGAAGAAUAUCUUGGUGAAAAGUUCGGUUGGCGUACUUUGUCUCCAGCAGCCGAAGAACGCGCCGAUCCUCGAAAUAACCCCGCAGCUAAGGAUAAUGACUUGGCACGCAAAGUUCGACAUGCUGAAAAGGAGGGUAUCAAACUUCAAACUCUUCCAUUCAAUGAACCCGUUCCAGAGGACUUCAAAGAGAAGGUUAAUGCACGAGUCCAAGACUGGCACAAGAACAGAAAGGGUACCCAAGUUCAUCUCACAGAAAUUAGGCCUUGGCUUGACGAGGCUCAUCGUAAAUACUUUUACGCUCAAGGUCCAGAUGGAACCAUUCACGCCAUUAACAUUCUUCAUCAACUCAGUCCUGAAAAUGGAUACCAAGUUAAAUUCUCCCUGGAAUUCCCAGGUGCCCCAUCUGGUACUGUUGAAUCUCUUCUACUUUACUCGAUGAAACAAUUGAGUGCAGCGGAGCCAGAUGUCAAACGUAUCACUUUUGGUACUGGUGCUCAACCACAUAUUGAAGGUGGAAGAAACUUGGGCAAACAUAGAAUUAAGGCGUUGAAGAAGGCUUAUGAGACAAUCGUCAAGCAAGCAAGAUUAUUGGGCAAGAGUGAGUUCAGAGAGAAGAUGGGUACAUGGAAUGACGGAAUCUAUGUUGCAUAUCCUAAGGGUGGUUUGGGUGCUGGUGGUAUUAGAGCUUUGAUGGGUUUCCUAGAGGAAGAUGGUUAGAUUUCUCACCAUGGGAAUUCUAUUUGUGGAUGCGAAGGUGUGAGGUGGGGCAGAUUGUGUCCCUGGGGUGAAUUUGUAACUCUUAAGCAGAAGAAAGUAAUUUCGUGAAGUGCGUUGGAUGACUGGGUUAGGAGAUGGAUGGACGGCAUGGAUGGAUGGGAAAGAUACCUACAUUGCUUGAUUUGUUACUCAAUAGUGUUAUUUUCUUUGCUACCUUUCAUUAAUUGUUUGCCAUCGAUUGAGUCGAUCGUAACUAGUCGAAGGAAAUUGCAAAUAGAAUAUAACAGAUACACUAAUAGAUAAACCAAGGUGUAUUUCAAAGUCAAUAACAUUAGCUAAUCAUUUACUCCAUUAUCUG